AUGGGCACCAAUUCAUCGCGAUCAACAAACCUCCCUUUGCUACCGCUAUCUAGGGAUUCGGUUCUCUUGCCCGGUGUCACCCUUCGUAUCCCGCUGUCGGAACGCCCUGAUAUCCCUCUCCUCCUCACUUCUCUCUUCAGCAAAUCCUCCUUAAAGGCUGGAAAUGCCACCAUUGUUGGCUGCUCUCCUCUCAGUUCUCCCUUUCUGAGCAAGGAUGGCAAGAAGCUGUUGAAUAAUGUGGACGGGGCAAGCACCCGAUCAGCAGCCUCGAGCACAGUCGACCCAGCUAAAGCUUCCAAGCAUGAUCUCUUCAGCUAUGGCACAGUAGCUAAGGUUAUUGGCGUUCAGGGAAGGCCAAAUAGUGAGCCAUGUCUACUUGUGGAAGGCUUGAAGCGGUUUUCGAUUAGCAAGGUUACCAAGGAGACUCCGUUCUUAGAGGCGGAUGUGACUGUACAUGAUGAAAUUGCCCCCCUUGCCACUGACAUCGUAAUGGUAACACUCUUUGACCAGGUCAAGCGACUUUCACGAGAACUUUUGGCUUUCCUCAGACUCACAUCCUUCUUUCCCCAUCAAACCAAUGGCAUAUCGCCCCUGAUUGCUCGACGAUUUGAACUUUUCAUCGCCAAGAAGAGUAUCUCGCAAGCAGGAACUCUCGCCGAUUUUAUGACUGAUGUGGUGGAAACCACAUUCGAGGAAAAACUACAGGUUCUAGCUUCGAUUGACCUGAAGACCAGGCUAGAGAAAGUUGUGGAACUCUUGUCAAGACAAGUCCAAGAUAUGAGAAGCAAUAUUAAGGUGACUUCUAUCACUACAUCGAGUAAUCCUUCGAAUUUUGGCGUUGAUAUCAAUCAGUUGGAUCCGCGCCAAAGAGAACUACAGUCCCGACGCUCCAUGACGGGAAUCAAUGGCUUUCCACCGGGGAUUCACGGAGGAAUGGGGGAUGCCGGCGAAGAGAAGGAACCAAACGAAAUCGAUGAACUCCAGCAAAAACUUCAAGAUGCCAAGCUAAGCCCAGAAGCCCAGAAAGUAGCAGAUCGUGAACUCAAGCGGCUCCGUAAGAUGAAUCCUUCCAACGCAGAAUAUGGCGUCUGCCGAACAUACUUGGAGAAUCUGGCUGAGAUUCCUUGGUCUAAGAUCACUGAGGACCAAUUGGGUGUUGAAACGCUCCAGAGGGCCAGGAAACAGUUGGACGAUGACCAUUACGGCCUGGAAAAAAUAAAGAAACGCCUGUUGGAGUACUUGGCGGUUCUCAAACUGAAGCAGACUCUCAACGCUGAUGUUGAUAAUCAAAUUUCAAAGCUCUCGAAAGAUUUGGACGUAGAUGAGAACAGCAGCGAAGACGAAACUGAAUCUAAAUCUAGCGCUGAGCGGGCCGCCAUAGAAACUAAGCUACAGCUUCUCAAGUCAAAGCGUAUGACAGACAAAUCUCCAAUUAUGCUCCUUGUUGGCCCUCCUGGUACGGGAAAAACCAGUUUGGCCAAAUCAGUUGCCACAGCACUUGGCCGCAAAUUCCAUCGUAUUUCUCUUGGUGGUGUGAGAGAUGAGGCCGAGAUUCGCGGACAUCGGAGGACCUAUGUCGCGGCAAUGCCUGAGCUUAUCGUGAAUGGACUGAAGAAAGUGGGUGUUGCCAACCCAGUUUUCUUGCUUGAUGAGAUCGACAAGGUGGUCGGCUCCAAUUUCCACGGCGACCCGUCAGCUGCCAUGUUGGAAGUCCUUGACCCAGAGCAAAACCAUAGCUUUACAGAUCACUACAUAAACAUCCCCAUCGAUCUGAGCAAAGUAUUGUUUAUCGCAACCGCAAACGCUUUGGAUACUAUCCCUCCACCCCUCUUGGAUCGUAUGGAAACAAUCCAGCUUUCCGGCUACACAACCGUUGAGAAGAAACAUAUCGCGUCCCGCCAUCUCGUACCCAAACAGAUCCGGACCAACGGCCUUUCAGACGGCCAAGUCUUCCUCUCUGACGAAGUCCUUGAGAAAAUCAUCACAGCCUACACCCGUGAAUCUGGGGUCCGCAACCUAGAACGCGAAAUUGGCUCCGUCUGCCGCUACAAAGCCGUCCAAUAUGCAGAUGCCAAAGACGCGUCCAAAGAACACACAUAUAAUCCGCAGGUCUCCAUCGAAGACCUAGACGAAAUCCUCGGCAUCGAGCGUUUCGACGAAGAAAUCGCAGAAAAACACGCACGUCCUGGUAUCGUGACAGGUCUUGUCGCAUACUCCACCGGUGGCCAGGGUAGUAUCCUCUUCAUUGAAGUGGCCGACAUGCCGGGCAAUGGCCGCGUGCAGCUGACAGGCAAGCUGGGUAAUGUGUUGAAAGAAUCCGUCGAAGUGGCGCUUACCUGGGUCAAAGCACACUCGUUCGACCUGGGUUUGACCCACGAUCCCAACGAGGAUAUCAUGAAACAUCGCAGCCUGCAUGUGCACUGCCCUUCCGGAGCGAUCCCCAAGGACGGGCCCUCUGCCGGCCUUGCACAUACGAUCGCAUUGAUCUCGUUGUUCUCUGGAAAGACGGUGCCGCCAGAUGUCGCCAUGACGGGAGAAGUUUCUCUCCGCGGCCGGGUGAUGCCUGUUGGUGGCAUUAAGGAGAAGCUCAUCGGUGCGCACCGCGCAGGCGUGAAGACUGUUUUGCUCCCUGAGCAUAAUCGCAAGGAAGUACGGGAAGUUCCUGUCGAGGUUAAGAAUAGUUUGGAAAUUGUGCAUGUCAAGCACAUUUGGGAAGCAAUCCGGCACAUCUGGCCGCAUGCGCACUGGCCAGGCGAGCACACUCCGAUGUUCGAGAGCAGAUUGUAG